UGACCCAGCGAAAUAUUCGAAUCACAAAAAAAUUGUGAUGUCCGUAAAAGUAAACAAUAAUGUCUCGAAAUCAUCGAGAAAAUAACAGUGUCAACCAGAAUUACAAACUUGUUGUUGUAGGUGGUGGCGGAGUUGGUAAAAGUGCCCUCACAAUACAGUUUAUUCAGUCAUACUUCGUCACAGACUACGAUCCAACUAUUGAAGACUCGUAUGCUAAGCAGUGUGUCAUUGAUGAUGAGGUGGCAAGACUUGAUAUUUUGGACACAGCAGGUCAGGAAGAAUUCAGUGCAAUGAGGGAACAAUAUAUGAGAUCUGGAAUGGGGUUUCUAUUGGUGUAUUCAGUUACUGACAGAAGCAGUUUUGAUGAAAUUUACAAGUUCCAUAAGCAAAUUUUACGUGUGAAAGACAGGGAUGAAUUUCCAAUGAUUCUAGUCGGCAAUAAAUCUGACCUUGAACAUCAAAGACAGAUCUCACGAGAAGAAGGUCAGGAGUUAUCCAGACAACUUAAAAUCACACACAUAGAAGCAAGUGCCAAAAUACGUAUGAAUGUAGACCAAGCUUUUUAUGAUCUUGUAAGAAAAGUGAGGAUAUUUGAAUUAAAUGAAAGACCACCACCAAAGACAAAACACAAAUCCAAACCUAGAUGUACAAUUUUAUGACACUGUAUUAUUUUAGUGUUCUGCCUUGGAAGUGCCAGUAAGUUGAACAAUGUGUCUGUUACUGAG